GAUUAAUAUUUAACAAAACUGGAAUGGUAACGCACGCCUGGAGUUGAGGGCAGGAAUUGUCUGAUACGUUUUUUUGCGAAAUAAAGUAAAUAUGCUGCUCACCAUUCCGUUGAAAGUCAUUAGUGCGCAUUUCUUCUUUAGUUACACCUCGUGUUGUUCAUUAUGGGGAAAUGUCCAGACCAUUCCAGCGAUUGCUAAAUAUUUCACCACAAAAGGUAGAUAUGAAGAAGUGAACCCUUACCUCAUUGAUGACAUACUCGCUGUAAACACAUCUCUUGUAAAGCCCCCAUCUGCAGAAUGUCGCGAAAUUCAUCUGACCGCUAUCAUACGGCACGGUUCAAGGUACCCGACGACGAAAAACGUCAAGAAGAUGCGAGCACUUCACAAUCUUGUUGUACAGAAGGCCUCUGGAGAGGAGCGCUGGUUGCGUGAAAUUACGCAGUGGAAGAUGUGGUACACUGAUGAGAUGGAUGGCCGUCUCGUUCAGAAGGGAGUCCUCGACCACAGGCAUUUGGCAGUCAGGUUGUCCAAGUUAUUUCCAUCAUUGAUAUCUAAGGAGAAGCUACAAGAUGGUCACAUCAAGUUCAUGACCAGUUCUAAGCACAGGUGUGUGAACAGCACCCUUUCUUUCCAGGGAGGACUGGCAAAGCUCUGGGACAUAGAAGAUGAAGAGAUUGACUACGAGGUGAACGAUGCACUGAUGAGGUUCUUUGACAAAUGCACCAGGUUUGUGGAGACUGUCGACAAGAACCAGUCAGCCAUGGCUGAGCUGGACAAGUUCACGUCCAGUGCAGAGAUGAGGAGGGUGCAGGAGAAGAUAGCAGACCGGCUCCUGGUCCCCUACAGCCACAUUACAUCAGACAUGGCUGAGGCUGCAUUUUACCUGUGUGCUUACGAGUUGGCCAUCAAAACCAUCAACUCCCCCUGGUGUCAACUCUUUGAUGAGGCAGAUGCACUGGUUUUGGAGUAUGCAAAUGACCUGAAGCAGUUCUGGAAAAGGAGUUAUGGUCAUGACAUCAACAGCAAGUCAAGCUGCAUCCUCUUUCAUGAUGUAUUCAGCCGUCUGGAUAGAGCAGCCAAUGAGAUCAGAUCUGGCAGUAAUGUCACAGAAGCAGCGACCAUCCAGGUGGGUCAUGCUGACACUCUCCUGCCUCUGCUGACCCUGCUGGGCUUCUUCAAGGACAGCGUGCCCCUGACCUCCAACAACUAUGUCACCCAGGGCCAGCGUGCCUUCCGCACCAGCCACAUGAUGCCCUACGCUGCCAACCUGGUCCUUGUGCUGUAUGACUGCAGCGGAAACCUCCGUCUGCAGGCACUGCUCAACGAGAGGCCCCUGGCCUUCCCAGGCCUGGCCGACAACCAGGGAGAGGAGGGAGCCCCGCUCUACCAGGAUGUCAGAGACCACUACGGGGAACUGCUCCAGGGCUGCGACUUUGAGAAGGAGUGCCAACUGUUCCCAUCCAAAUGAGGGAGUCAACGCUAUAAACGGGUGUCAUUCAUCAGUAAAGUGUGUCUCUGAUGUGUAUUCAAAUCAAAGUUUAUUGGUUGCAUACACAGAUUUGGAAGUGUUAUAGCAGGUGCAGUGAAAUGCUUAUGUUACUCGCUCCAACAGUGCAGUAGAAUGCUUCAAAUACUCAAAUAAUAAAACAAUAUUUGCUGUAAUAUUAUAGAUAUGGUUAGACCAAUGUGGUGAGCUGCUGUGGUAGAGCACCACUUUACUUCUAUGGCUAGAUCAUUUGAUUGAGAGUGAAAUUUCUGUGUAUAUGCUCAAUGUUGGAAUGGUAUUAUGAUUCACUCUGUUCAAGGCCACAACAUCCGUUUAUUCAAAUGUAUGGUAGUAUUAGAGACACAAAACAGAUUAAUCGGACCAAAUUUACCAAUUGAGAUCCAUUGAAGGCUCCUAAGGGGAGGACGGCUCAUAAUAAUGGCUGGAAUGGAGCGCAUGGACUGGCAUUAAACACAUGGAAACUAUGUAUUUCAUACUAUAUUCCACUCCAGCCAUUACCACGAGCCCGUCCUCCAAAAUGAAGGUGCCACCAACCUCCUGUGUUGAGAUCAAUCCACCAAAAGUGCUGACUUUAAUGUAAGCUUGCCACUGCUACCAAUACAGAAGUAUUACUAAUAUUACUAGAAUCUGUCAAAUCAAACGGGAUACAGCUUAUGACCAAAAAUGACAGUUACUGUACAUAGUAGGUGAUACACUGCCCCUCUCCAGAAACACCACCUAUCCUCCAUGUACUUGUGUAGACCUGAGAAGAACUCAUAGGUGUAGUCAUUUUUUUUAAUGAAGUGGAGAUACUACCAUAUUUCGUACACCUAUUGUGGAGGUAUAGGCCAGAAUUGUGUUUUCUGGACAAGAACUAUGUAAUUUAUAUAAUGUCCUGCUGCUAGAUAUUACAGAAGUUAGGCCUAUAAUUGUUCUAAUACUGUAUAACUUGAUUAUUAUUAAAGUAUCAUUUGAACUACA